GGUUUGCGUGCGCUGCGGGGAUUGAAGGGUUAAAGGAGGUUAAUUCUCAUAUCUGCCACAUGGGGGGACAGAGAGGACUCAGUCUGGACUCGGAUCUCUUUCUGCUGCUGCUGCUUUGUCUCUGGUCUCUCAGUCCGACCUCAGUCCCGCAUCUUCUCACCGCACAGACAGGACCUCCAGGACCCGCACGGACCCUCGACACGCAGCUCCGCGCCUGAAAUCAGGUAAGACCCCCCAGCCUGCCCCCCUGCCCUGCUGUCUCUGCUCGAACUCGUCUUUUCUGACUCUGAACACGAGGCGUGAGUGCGUGCUCACUGAUCGGGCUGAUCGGUUAAUCGAUCGAUCGUUUGUUUGGGGUUUAAACUCGUCGAAAGUGGACUCUCGUGGUUCCGGGGUCGAGUUCUGGAGGACCCGGGUGAUGAUGUGGCGUCUUUGGAGGGUUUCUGAGUCCAAGUGAGACCGACUCAGACCUCCUGGUCGAACAUCGACUCUCCGAAAGUUUAAAGACUAAAACCGUCAAAGUUCGACUUCUGAUCCGGACUGAGAUCUGUGGACUUUGGUCCAAAACUGAAACCGAAGCUGCAGAAACCUGGACUUUGGACCUUCAGCCUGAGCAGAACCAGACCCUGAGUGAACAUGUCAGACCCGAGUCAAAACAGGUUUUUCUUCCUCUGACUUGAACAGAUCUGUCUGAGGAUCGGAGGUUUCCCAGGAGGACUCAAACCGGUUCUUCAAGGCCUGUUUGUGACCCUUCAAUCUGAACCCUCGGAAACCUGAACCCUCAGAAACCCGAACCCGGUCUUUGGUUCGAAAACAGAAACUUUAGAGAAACCUGAGGAGCAGAGAUCCAGAACUUCUCGGCUCUGCUGUCCAACGAACAGAAAGUUAAAAACUUUAAAUCAGAGUUUCUGUUUUUAAAGUCAAACUCAGAAUCAGGACUGAGAGCUCUGUGAACUCCUCCUCCUCCUCCUCCUCCUCCUCCUCCUCUUCUUUAUUUAUCUGAAACUUUAAGAACAAAAAAAACAAAACUAGAAAAUGUCAAAGAUAAAUUUACACAAACAUGUUUGUAAAAUAAACAGAAUGAAGUAAAGAGUUUAUCUAGUCCGGACCCUUCCUCACAAUUUAGAGAUAAAAAAUCAAUAAUCAUCAAUAACAAAGAUCUGUGAAGAAACCUCGAUAUUAAACACACAGAUAUCUGCUCAACGCUUCAUCGGUUAUUUAUCUUGAUUAUUUGCAUAUUAUAAUAAUAAUCAGUGUUAUUGUAUUCAAUCAGGUUUAUUUUUGUUGGUUUAUUAUAUGAAUCUUUGAAUUCUUCUCUGUAGUUUUAAAUUUGUUCUUUUAAAAGUCUUCCAGAGUUUCACAAACAGAAAAACACUUUUCAGGAAACUUCCUCUGUGUUUCUGUUUUAAAACUGACCGUCUUUAAAUUUGAAGAAUUGUGAUUUUAGAAACAGAGGGCUGCUGUGCGAGCCUCUGAUUGGUCGAUAAUCUCCUGGUUAGGACUGAUGGUCAGUGUGGAGACAGAGGAGGUCACGGAGUUCAUAGACUGAAAACCUUCACUGUCAUCCUCCAGUCUCCGCGUCGCUCACAGACGCCGUUUCUCCACGCUCUCUGUCCGUCACGUCUUCUUACGUCUGUGUCACAUGACCUGAUGGACCAAUAAGGAGCUCAGCAGCUCUCGCAGGUGUUGGGCUAAGUCAUGGGCCGGUUCUGUCAGUGUGGGGGGGGGGGGGUAUCACUCAGUUUGUUUACAGUCACAGUUUAAUCAGACUAAGAUCAUAACUCGUCUUCUUCUCUGAAUCAGACUUCUCUCCUCGUCCUCGUUUACAUGCAGCUGAGAAAACUGAAUUAUCGACGUGAACGUGUCCUCCUCCCCAACACUAGGGGGCGAUAUGGGUCUUUUCAGCGGCGCUGUUUCCGACCCCAUCCAACCGUCAACAACAACAGCAGGUCGGUGUCAGACGUCAGAAGUGUCUACAACUGCUGCUGGGCAUUUUGGAGAAACAAGAAGAUGGAGCAUCGUACAGCGUUGUUUUUGUCCGACAUGAUGGACGCGCUACUUUUUCUAAAGAGGAGACCAACGCUACUCCUCUACUCUGGGGGUUUGUUACGGGGUUACGGGGGCGUGGCGCACAUGCAUUGUCCGAUCAUACUCCGACUACGCUGGUUACAUGGUAGAGAAAAUCGAAUUCCAAUCUCAUUAUCUGGGUGUCUUAAUCUGAGUUCUCAAACUCUGAUUAUAGUCGGACUAAAGUGUUUACAUGACCUUCAGUUGUCCGGUCUUCAUCGGAAUAAGGCGAUAAUUCGGUUUAGUGUCAUGGAAACGGACUGAGUGAAAUCCUGAUGUGGACCUGGGUCAGUGAAGAUGGUACCUCUAAAAGCAGACCUUCUGGAUCUCCUAAAUCGAUUAUCGAUCAGUUUGUUCCUGUUUCAGAACCAUUCGCUGAUAACUCAAACGACGUUCAGGAACAGAUCCUGGAGUCCAGAUGUGAAAAGUUCUC